CCCUAACCCGUCGUGGUGCCUUUGUCCUUUCCCCUUCUUCUUGCCCAUUCCGUCCAUCGCUUGCUCGCCUGCCUGCCUGCCUGCUUUCCCCCGCCAAUCUUCUCUCUGCUGCCUGUCUCCUUCCUGCUCCAUUUCCUGCAUCUCUCUUUCUCCGUCUCUGUCCCUUCCUUCCUUCCUUCCUGCCAGGCAGCCAGCGGCUGCCCAUCCAUCCAUCCAUCCCUCCCGUCCUCGGUCCGUCCACCAUCCCUCCAUCUCUCUCUCGCCCGCUCUCGCUCCCUCCUCCUCCUCCUCCUCUCCCCAGCACGGGAUUGUGGGAGGAAGCGGAGCGGAGCGCAGACAGACGCCCAGCGAACAUGGCUGCACCAUGAGCCGCCUCCCAGAGGCUCGCCGCCGCCGCCGCCUCCUCCUCCAGCCGCCCCAGCGCCAGCGCCAGCCCGUGGCUUGAGCCGAGGCCGAGCGGGGGAGCGCCUCGGCCGAGGGGGGGAGGCGGAGGCGGAGGAGGGAACCCCCCUCCCCGAUCCCCCCGAUCCCCCCCCUCGACCGCCGCCGCCGCCGCCGCCGCGGGGGGAGGCGCAGGGGGGGCCCCAGACCGAGAGCCGAGAGACGGACCGACGGACCAAGGCCGGCCCCAGGCGCCCGCUCCCCGGCGCCCCCUCCCCAUGGAUAGGAACUACCCCAGCGCCGGUUUCGGGGAUCCGCUGGGCGCCGGCCCGGGAUGGAGCUACGAGCGCUCGGCCAAGGCCAGCUUGGUGUACGGCGGAUCCCGAAGCUCACACCCAGACACAGAUAUCUUGCACCGCCAAGCAUACGCCACCCCUCAUCCUUUACAGGGCUACGCCACAAACCACCACCCGGCAGGUCUCUCUGGCCUAUUCGAGACAGGGCUCCACCAUGCCAGCAGUGCCACCCCGGACGCCUCUGUCAUGAACCUCAUCUCGGCGCUGGAGUCGCGGGCACCGCAGCCUGGCCCUUCCGCUUCCUCCCUGCUCUCCCAGUUCCGGACCCCAUCCUGGCAAACAGCCAUGCACACUCCAGCGCCAGCCGAACUCUUCAUCUCGGGGGCCCUUCCAGGUUCCGGCACCUUCCCCUCAUCGUCAGCCCUCUCUGCUUACCAGCACCCCGCCUCUUUCAGCGGACGCAGCUUCCCCGUCACCUCCUCACUCACCCUGCAGGACGCCACGUUCAGUCCCACCUCCAACGGCCUCUUGUCCCCUCACGACCCCUUGCUUCACAUCAAAUCCUCUCAGCCCAGCGUCCCUUCGUCCCUCAGCUUUGACCGGCUGGGCAGUGCAGUGUUGGGCACAGGCUUGCCCUCUCAGAGCUCCGCGUACCGCAGUGCUCAAGAAUCCGCUUCGCGGCAUCUCCCAUCCCAGUUCAACCUCCUGUCAUCCUCGCUGGGGCCGUCGGACCAGACGUCCCAGCUUUAUAACACCUCUGUCUUCUCCAGCUCACCUGCCUCCUCCAUCGAGCGGGCGAUUCCCCGGCAAGAUAGCGUGAUCAAACAUUACCAGAGGCCCUCCAGUGCCCAACCGCAGCUACCUGCCGCCCACUCCCUCCAGCACUACCUGAGCUGUGGAGGUAGCUACCAGCAGAUGCCCCACCGCUCCAGUCUGUCCUGUAGUCCCCUGGGUGAGCAGUCCCCCGCCAGCAGCGAAGGUUCUCAGCAGCAGAAGACUCCUCAGGCCACACGGCAAGAACCUUCCCAAAGUUACCGUCCCAUCAUCCAGUCCCCUGGCUACUCCGGCACAGCCUCCUCUUCCAAAUCCAAGAGCUACUCGGCCUCCCGCCAGCCACCCCGUUCCACAGCCACGCCCAAGUGCCAAAGCAACUAUAGUUCAUCCACGCCCAAGCCCAGCUCCGUCAUUGCAAGCCAGUCCCAGGCCUACUCGCCCGGGCAGCCCCAGAGCCUGCUUUCCAUGAGCCAAACGCAGAGCUACUCUGUCAGCCAGCCGCAGAAUCUGUCUUCGGUCAGCCAGGCCUCACAAGGCUUCAGCAGCAGCCAAGCCCAAGACCUCACGAGUGUGAGCAAGGCCCAGAGUUACUCAACAGCAGGGCAGGCCCAGCAGGGUCAGGCCGGUCAAGGCGGGCAAGGACUACAAACGUGUCAGAAUCAAACUUACUCACCUGAGCAGCUGCAGGGCUUGUCAUCUGUCGGGUACAGUGUCCAGGCCGAGCCACACGUCUCUGUCAGCCAGACACCAAGUUACGUACCGGCACAUUCACAAGGCAUGCCCACGGCCAGCCCGUCACUGAGUUACAGCACUGGCCACUCGCCCGCGAUGCCAGGGCACAGCCAGUCCAUCGGCUAUUCACACAGCCAGAAUCUUCCAGAUGCGAGCCCUUCCCAGAUCAUUCGGCCUCUCCAAUCGCCCACCACGAACCGGCCCCAGAGUGUGGCAUCACCUGGGCAGUCUCAGAAGUAUUUGACUUCUGUGUUGUCUCCUUCCUUCAUGCAGACGGCUCACACCCAGAGCUACCAGAGUUCCCAAGGAGGAAUGGAGAGGGCGUCAUCGUAUGGUAAAGCCAAGGCCGACUCGGACCUGCUGUCGUCCGAGCGAACGGAAGACGAGGAAUUCUUGAUCCAGCACCUGCUGCAGUCGCAGAGCCCACCAAGAGUGCCCAAUGAAGGCAUGGUAGAAUGCGAAGAGCGGGCUGGUAAAGGGAUGGGGUAUGAGCUGAGCAAGACAGAGGAGCGCUACCACCUGCAGAGUGUCAUCCGGACCAACUCCAACUUGGACAACCAAGGCCUCGAGAUGUCCCUGCAGAGCCUAAAGGACAAGAAGAAAGGAGAGAGGCCCAAGGAGUACCCGCACACACGCUCCACGCCAGAGUCCUUGGCCACCUCCGUUGUCCACUACAGCCAUCAGGCUGGCUCCAUGGACUCUUACGGACAGGACAUAAAGAAGUCGGUGGAGCAGCACCUCCAGGGUGGUCACAUGGACGCUGGCGGCAAAGAGAUGUCCCAGGCCCACUCGUACCUGCAGAAAACGCCUGAACAUGCCUCCCAGCCUCACCCCAUGGAGUCCCAUGGACUGAUGCCUGGGCAGCAGGGUGGCACGUUGAUGUUGGACUCCCCUCCCGAUCUGCCCUCCCUCUCCCUUUCGCAGCAGCAGCAGCAACAGCAGCAGUCUCAGCUGCUCCAGUCGGUGCUCACUCACACCCAGAGCCAGCUGCACUCCCGUGGGAAGGUUCGCACCCCACUGGACGUCCACCUGAUGGAGCCUCAGCGCAUGCACCAGGCCGAAGCGCCCUCGCCACAGCUGCAGAUGCAGGCCUUGGAAGCCCACCUGCACCAAGCUCACGUGCGUUCCCAGAGCAUGGAGGCGCAGCUCCUUGAACCUCAGCAGUCCCCGCAGCUCCAAGGCCAGCUGCAGACAGAAAGAAUGCAGUCUGAGGGCAUGGAGGUGAUGCCGCAGGGCAACCUCUCCCAGUCUCAAGAGAUCCAGGACUUCUUGGAGCCCGAGUUGAGUUUGGAAUCCCACCUGGGGCAAAGUGGGGCAGUCCAGACUCAGCAGCAUCUCCUUCCUGAUGCCAGCUUGGACCCAGAUUCCUCUCAGCAAGUCCCUCAAGGCCAGCUGGAGGGCAAGGACCAGUUUGAGAGCCCCAGCCCCCAAGGGGCCAAGCAGCGCUUUGUCCCCCUGACUUCCAUCUGCUUCCCGGACUCUUUGUUGCAAGACGAAGACCGUAGCUUCUUCCCGGGCAUGGAGGACAUGUUUGGGCCUCCCCCUUGUGCUGGGGAUGAGUUCCCUAAGCCAGACGAUGGCACCCAGGGCAUGGAGAGGGGCGAGGGGAUGAAAGGGGGUGGCUAUGACAUGAUGCCAGGAGGACAAGGGUACCAGAGCUACUGCCCCUCGGAAAGUGGGGAUGGGCAGCACUUGGGGUUGGAUUCCGUGUCGGUGAAGCACGAGCUGCCUUCGACAGUCAAUACAGAGCAGCUGGGCCUCAUUCAGUCUGGCCAGCACGGGACGGCUCCCGUUUCUGAAUCCAAGUCGGGUCUGACGUCGCCGAUUUUUUGCUCCUCCAAGCCCAAGAAGCUGCUGAAGACCUCCUCGUUCCAUUUGCUCAAGAAGCGGGAGCCGCCUUUCCAGCCCCCUAAAAAGAACUAUGCCCAGGAGUAUGAGUUUGAAGACGACGAGGACAAAGAGGACGUGCCAGCCGACAUCCGUCUCAAUAGCCGCCGCUUGCCCGACCUCCUGCCUGACCUCAUUUCUAGCUGCCGGACCAACCGGACCAGCCUCAGCCCUAUGGGCGACAUAGACUUCUGCCCGCCUAACAGUGGCCUCAUGGAGGGGCCCAAACGCCGAGGCCGCAAGCCCACCAAGCCCAAGCGAGAGGGCCCGCCUCGCCCCCGCGGGAGGCCUCGCAUCCGGCCCCUAACUGAACCGCCCCAUGGCGUAGCUCAUGACGGCACCAAGAAACCCCGUGGCCGGGGGAGAGGGAGGGGCAAGAAAGCCGGGGAGGAGGGGGUUGAGCCAGGAGCAGGCUUGGAGUCCCUCAAACCGCUCAAGAUCAAACUGCCAGUCCCCAAAGGUUUGGAGGGGUCCCAGUUGGAGGCUCCUACCCCAUCUCAUCAGCCCACUCAAGAGAGCAGUUUGGACAGUAGUCAGACCCGUGAGAAAAUCAAGCAGAAGAUCAAGGAGGUGGAAGAGAAACAGCCUGAGAUGAAGUCAGGGUUCAUGGCAUCCUUUCUGGACUUUCUGAAGUCAGGCAAGCGUCAGACGCUGCCGUCGUCCUCCUCCUCCUCGUCAACCACAGUUGGGCCCCCCGGUGCCACGGCUACAGUGGCCUCUUCUUCAGGUAGCCCCUCCAAGACGCCCCGCCCCCCGUCAGCUACAUCCUCCUCCUCUUCCUCCCAGCCUCCACCUCCCUUCAGCAUGGCCCCCCCAAUGCUGCCUGGAGGUUUGGAUGGGCCAGAGGGGGACCCAGCUGGGCUUGUGAUGAGUUGUACCAGCCCCUGCAAGCGGCUCGAUGAGGAGCUGAAGCGUAACCUCGAGACACUGCCCUCGUUCUCAUCUGAUGAGGAAGACUCUGUCAGUAAGAACCAGGAUCUCCAAAAGAGCAUUUCCUCGGCCAUCUCGGCACUCUAUGACCCCACCGACCGCAAGGAGGGAGAACCCAGUGAUGUGCCACCUGUGGAGGAGAAGGCUCCCAGCCCCGCUCCUUCUAUGGAGGCAGAAACGCAGCACGAGUUGCCUCCACCACCCAUUUCCCCAGCUCCCUCACCUAAGGAGGCUCCACCUGUCCCCGAAGAGCCACCGGCCCCUAGCCCUGAGCCUGAGGAUCCCGAGGACACACGGCCCCUUCAUCUUGCCAAGAAGCAGGAGACGGCAGCCAUUUGUGGGGAGACGGAUGAAGAAGAGGUGGAGAGUGGCGGGGAGGGGAUCUUCCGCGAGCGUGAUGAGUUUGUCAUACGUGUUGAGGAUGUCCAGGCUCUCAAGCUUGCCCUUCAGACUGGACGGGAGCCACCCCCCAUUUGGCGGGUACAGAAAGCUUUGCUGCAGAAGUUCACCCCUGAAAUCAAGGAUGGGCAGCGUCAGUUUUGUGCUACCAGCAAUUAUCUGGGCUAUUUUGGCGAUGCCAAGAACCGGUAUCAACGACUGUACGUUAAGUUCUUGGAGAACAUCAACAAGAAGGAUUAUGUGCGUGUCUGCUCCAAGAAGCCUUGGCACCGGCCUCUGCAAACUGUCAGGAGACAAAGCCAGCCCAAGGCCUCUGGCCCAAAGGCCCCAGUUGCGGCCAAAAUUGAGAAAGUUGAGAAGCUGGAAGUCUCAGAGAAGGCUGAGAAACCGGACAAGCCAACCAAGGCUGAAAAGCCCCCCAAGGCUGAAAAAGCAGACAAAACGGAGAAGCCUCCCAAGGCUGAGAAAGGCCCUAAGGUGGAAAAGCCCGCUAAGAUGGAGAAGUCCGAAAAGCCCCCCAAGGCAGAAAAACUAGCCAAGGCAGAGAAGCCCCCCAAAGUGGAGAAAACUGACCCCCCUGUGCCUGUGCCCCCAAAAGCUGCCCCAACCAGUGGGACAUCUAAACCCAAAUCUAAGCCAGCCAAGGUGAAAGCUGAGCCGCCUCCCAAGAAGAGGAAAAAAUGGCUUAAGGAGGCAGCAUCCUCAUCUGACUCGGAUUCCAGCCCUGACCAGCAGAGCGAGGAGGAGCGUGUGCCGACGGGCCGCAUUCUAAACACACGAGCAAUGAAGGAGAUGUACCGUAGCUAUGUGGAAAUGCUGGUCAGCACUGCCCUCGAUCCAGACAUGAUCCAAGCUCUUGAGGACACAAAUGAUGAACUUUAUCUCCCGCCCAUGAGGAAGAUUGAUGGGAUAUUGAACGAUCACAAGAAAAAGGUGCUGAAGAGAGUGUCUCUUAAUCCAUCACUACAGGAGGCACUCCACACGUUUCCUCAACUCCACGCCGAGACAUGUGACACCACAGUCAAGUUACGCCCAGGUGGUGAACCUUACAACCGCAAGACACUCAACAAACUCAAGAAGAAUGUAUCCAAACCGCAGGAAUUCAGUGUGGAAGUGGAGAAGUCCUUUUUCUACACUCUGUACCAUUCCCUUCACCACUACAAGUACCACACCUUUCUGCGUUGUAAGGAUGAGACAACAGCGAUUGAGGGUCAGGAUGAAGACCUGGGCCAGGAGGAGGUGGUGCAGCAGUGCAUGCGCAACCAGCCGUGGCUAGAGAAACUGUUUGACUCCUUCAGCGAGUUGCUGACUCAGGCGCAAAACAAGUGCGCGUGACGCAGCCGCCAGAGCCACGCCCCGGGAGGGGCCGCGUGACGCCCGCCCCUCUGCAGAGCCAGAGCAGGAAGUGGGGAGAGGAAGGUCGAGGGGUACCAUUACAGGCAACGAGUUCAGACUCCGCUCACCACCACCACCACCACCCCUUCCCCCCCUUUUUUUCUCUUUUCCUCCUUUUUUGUUGUUUUUAAACAGGACCUUGGACAGGCCUUCAGCUUUGGUGGUGGGGUAUGGAAGCUUUGCGAUGGUAGAGAGAACGUGUUGAGGAAGGUUCUCAUCAAAUCUAGAAUGGUUGGACAAACCCCUUUUCCCUUUUGCCCUGGCUGUACAGAGAAAUAUUAUUUAUAUAUAAAUGUAUAAAUGUCUAAUUGAGCAGCCUUGCCCCCUGCUGUGGUGGGGUGAGAGUAGGAGAACCCAUAGGAAAGUCCAAGGAGUGGUGGUCUGUGCUUAGAGCUGGGAGGCUGGGGUCCAGGACUCCUAGGUUCCAUCGGGAGGAAGGGGGGCAGUGGGCGGGGGGCGGGGGGGGGAUAGUGCAAACAGGUGUGGGGUCCGGGUUCCUGGGUUCUGUCUUGCUUCUCUUCCAUCAGGACCUUCUCCUUCUCCUUAGGGAGACUCGCGAGAAUUGAGUGUGCGGGUUGGUGCAGUGGCCACCCUUUUUAUACAGUGUCUAGCUUCUACUACCCACAGUCUGAUCAGGCAAUAUGACCCCUCUUUCCCCCCUCUCCCGCCAUGCCCCCAAGCUACUCCAAUCCCAUCUCUGCCAAAUAACUUUUUUUUGGAGACACUCACCCACACAGUAGCAGCGAUCACUUCUGUACUCGUUUCCAGCAGGAAUAUUUAUUGCCAAGUUCCCCUUUCCCAACCACAACUGAUUUCAGAGAGUCCCACGCUCCCCCCAGAACACUCUUCUUCUUCCCCCACCCCUGCCCCUCAUGUCUUUGUGGGGCAAUUGCCGUUGGUGGAACUGCCAUGAGCCACUGAGUUUGGGGUCCUUUGGAUAUGUGGAGCAACUCCCCCCACUUCCCAGUAUUCCUUCUGAACAGACAAUGGUGAAUUGCCGGGGGCGGGGGAGCAUAGCCACACCCAGAACAACCUGUCUGUACCAAGAGUUCCUAAGACCACCCACCCCCCUUUCUAUAGACUGUAGAUUUUCUCGACUGGCCCCACAUGGGUCAGGGGAGGGGUGCUGUAGAGGGCUGUAAAUAGGUCCCUUGGUACCUGUUGGAUCUGAGCUGUGAGGGAAGGAUAACUUCUUUUUGUUUCUGUUUUGUUCUUUUCCUCCCUGUUUUGGUGUUUGACAAGGCAGGAUUCUGCUCCGCCCCCUCCCCCAGCUGUAUAUACUGUAUAGGAUAAAAAGUCUAUGUAUCAUAUUGUAUUUGACUAACUUGAACUUAACAAUGCGCAGGAGUUUCUUUCCUCUCCUCUCCUCUCACCUGUAGCUGUGACGUUCUUUGGUUUGGACUGAAACUUUCAUUAGGAGGUCGUUAUUUUUUUUAAAUCAUUAUUGUUGUUGUUGUUACUGAGGGGGAAGGGAGAUUCUGUGACACCCCUCUCCCCCGCCCCUUCUAAGCAAAGAUCUUUCGCUAACCCUGAGCUGAAAUGCUAAAAUAAACUCUGAUUAGAUAGAGGAUUAGGUCUUAGCCCUGCCUACCCACCUGUCAGUUCACAACUCCCAGAUUUCCCUGUAUCAUUCAGGCUACGAUCCUGGACAUGCUUGCUUGAGAGUAAGUGCCACUGAAUUCAGUGGGACUUACUGUGGAGUAAACAUGCAUAGGAUCAGCCUGCGUGUCAGUUCUUGCCUUGGCACGCACACACACAUACAGACACAUGCGUGCACACCCACCCACCUCAGCUUGUUCUUUCUGGAUCUUCCCAGUAACCUCCCAGAUCAAUCCCAUACCUGAAUGUACAUCGCCCCUACACCAGAUUCCCACUUCCCAGCCAACGUCUACCUCAUUCCUGCUCCCAGCUCUUCCCACCAUAUAUAUCCCAGUUUGAUUUCUCUGCGCCAACUCAACCUCCCCACGCUCCCGUUUUGCUUCCUCUCUUCUGUCUCUCAAAAGACCCAUGAAUUAGCCCAGUUUGAUUCCCCCCUCCUCCCUCUUCGUUCUUAUCUCAUUCCCAGUCGUUCUUGCCCUUCCUUCUUCCACCUUCCCAAAGAUUUCUCAUUCCUUUCCAGCAACCCAGAUUAAACCGGGCAUGUGAAAAGUCUCCAGCACACCUUUCAGUUUUCCAUGGGGGAGGCAUGAAAAGGUACUUGGAGGGGGGAGAGAAAUCCCACUUCUGAAGGGGUGGUCUUUUUGCUCCAGCAUAAAUUAUUUUGGACCCUAAAGAGCACAGAAACGUGUUGUGGGACUCCUCUGUUGAGUUUGGAGAAGAGUCAUUUCUAUCUAUACAACUCCCCACAUCCCUCUGGAUCCUGUUCUACCCCCCCCCCAAUUAUUUAUUGUGGAUGAAUAGAGGUUGGCAAGUGUGUAUGUGAGUGUGCAUGGGGGGUGGGUGGAAUUUGGUGUACAUGAGCUCCACUCAAAAUAGAGUGUUUUACAAGGGAAAGGGGGCUGACUGGUUUUCUUUUGGAUAUUUUAAAGCUUGCAAUUAGUUUUAACAGCUUUCCCUUACAAACUUGGUUACUGAUAGCUGUUGGACCUUAGAGGUGAAGGAUUGUAGCUUGAACCUGUGUGUGGAGGUGGGGUUAGUUGAACCAUGGGGUUUGGGUAAUGAGAGGGCAGAAUUGUUUCACAGUACAGGGUUAAUCUUUGAGGGACAUAGAGCCAUGACACCUCCUGGGACAACAGCUUUGCACCAUUAAUCUCAUGUGAACCUUGCUAAAGCGCUGCCCUUGGGCAGAGGAGCAGAGCAGCCAAACCCUGAGCACCCAGAAUUGGAGGAGCCCAGCUCCAAGUUGAUCUCUCUCUCUCUCUCUCUCUCUCUCUCUCUCUCACACACACACACACACACACACACACACACACACACACCUACCUGCUUCCUGUGAUGGGGAAAAAAGACUUUUCUCUCCUCCUCCCCUCCCCCUCCCCCAUUUGGAUCUCGGAAGGCCCCCUUUUUUACGACGUGUAUUUCUGUGUAUCUGUUCGCGCCUCAAGGGUAUUGUUCUGAGAUAUGGGAUUUGUGUUCUGUAUUAUUGGAUGUUCCUAUAUAUUUUUAUUGUUUAUUAUUAGUGUCUGAGACGUUUUUUUCUCUCAAUAUGUAAAACUCACAUUGUAUACUGUGUACACAACAAAAUGACAAAAAACACUUUUCUUUGCAAAAAUCAAAUGCCUGAUGCACAGCUUUGUUCAUUUUGUCGGGACGGGGCUGGCAGCUGCAAGGAAGGACAAAGAUACUCAGGCUGGGGUGUUGCUGGGUGCUCUUUGAACGAAGGACACAGGAAGCCUAGGAGUCCUGGCUUUCACACCUUCGAUCUCCACCACUACCACCCCAAGAAGCCUGGCACCCUGGCGCUGAGCUCCCAAGCCCUUGCCACUCGUGACACAUUCUUUCUCCACCUAUGGAGCCGAUGACCUCUGGCUCAGAUGAUCCUCUUGUACAACUCUCAACAGCCUAAUGUUGUGUUUAGACUCUGGACAGCCCAUUCCAGGUUCCAAGAAGUCUAAUUCAACAUUGGCCCAGCUUCCUGGAGUGAGCACUCCCUUCCUUUAUCUUCAGUGGGUGGCAUCCACAGUAUCGUGUGCAGAACGACUUUUUGAGGUUGUGGCAGUCUGCAAAGUUUUGCUACCGCUAGUUGAAGAGGAACCACCUGAAUGCAUCUUGCAUAAGGAGUUCUCCGUUUGCAUAGAUAUGGGCUUCUGCAAGAGGUUGCACUAGUGCAAGAGCUAGUCUGGCAUGCAGGUGAAUUUCUUUGUGCAGUUACUAUGCACUACAUCCUUACACUAGUGCAGUAGCCUGAAUAUUCCCACAAGAGUAUUCUGGAUGCUACCCAGUAUUCUUUCCUGCUGGAGGGAAGCGACACAUACAGAAUAAAGACAGCCCUUUCCUGUUCUGGGUUCUUUUUCUAUCUGUUCAAUACAGACCUUUUUGGCAGAAAUUGAAAUAUUGGAGAGGGAGGUGGGCUGGGACUUAAAUGCUAUAGGCUGGAGGUGAGGGAGGGACAAUCCCAUCAUUUCCUUAAACUCAUGAUAAGAGUAUUUCAGCCAUCCAACUCAAUAUUAAAAUAACGGAUUUUCCACUUGA